AUGUCUACCGAAGGAAAAACUAUCACCUGUAAAGCCGCUAUCGCUUGGGAAGCAGGCAAACCACUCUCUAUUGAAGAAGUGGAAGUUGCCCCACCCAAAGAUGGUGAAGUUAGAAUCAAGAUUCUUUAUACCGGUAUCUGUCAUACCGACGAUUACACUUUAUCAGGUAAAGAUCCCGAAGGAGCUUUCCCCGUUAUUUUGGGACAUGAAGGUGGUGGUAUCGUAGAGUCAGUCGGACAAGGUGUUGAUAACGUUAAAGUCGGAGAUCACGUUGUACCACUUUACACUGCUGAAUGUAGAGAAUGUAAAUUCUGUAGAUCUGGCAAAACAAAUCUUUGUGGAAAAGUUCGAGCUACUCAAGGUAAAGGUGUUAUGCCGGAUGGUACAACCCGAUUCAAAUGUAAAGGGAAAGAUAUCCUUCAUUUCAUGGGCACAUCAACUUUCUCUCAAUAUACCGUUGUCUCCAAAUAUUCUGUCGUAGCAGUAAACGAGAAGGCACCUUUGGAGAAAGCAUGUUUGUUGGGAUGUGGAAUAACGACCGGAUAUGGUGCCGCGACCAAAACUCCAGGAAUUGAGGAAUCAAAUGUUGCCGUCUUUGGUAUUGGUUGCGUUGGAUUGUCAAUCUUGCAAGGUGCUAAAGCGAAAGGAGCAAAGAGAAUUAUCGCUAUUGAUACCAAUGACAAAAAGGAGGAAUGGGCAAAGAAGUUUGGUGCUACCGACUUCGUCAACCCUACCAAACUUCCUGAAGGCAAAUCAAUUGUCGAUUUCCUUGUCGAAGAGACUGAUGGAGGUCUUGACUUCACCUUUGACGCUACCGGCAACGUCCAAGUAAUGCGAUCAGCUCUCGAAGCCUGUCAUAAAGGUUGGGGUGUAUGUAACGUCAUCGGUGUAGCUCCUGCUGGUGCUGAGAUCUCUACUCGACCAUUCCAGCUUGUAACUGGUCGAACUUGGAAAGGAUCCGCUUUUGGUGGUGUCAAAGGUCGAACCGAACUUCCUGGUAUCGUAGAUGAUUACCUUGCGGGUACACUCUGGGUAGAUGAGUUCGUUACCCAUCACCAAGAUCUAGAAGGUAUCAACCAAGGUUUCGAUGACAUGCACGCUGGUGAUUGUAUCCGAUGUGUCGUCAACAUGGGCUUCAACGAUGCGCCUUAG